AUGUCUGAUGAUUCAAUUAUUCCUUUAACUGACGAUACAUCAAAUGUUACUUUCUUCAAGAAAAGUAAGAUCGGUAAAAAUGUUCGUAAACGCAAAAAAUCUCCGUCUCCUAGUGCUUCCACGGAUGUUGCUGAAGAAGGUUCUGCAGUAGUAACAAAAGAACGUAAAUUAGAUACUUCACAUCCUUUUGUGCAAGGUACAAAAAAAGGAAAACAUACCGAGGAUAUCAGUGUCACCUUUUCCGCAAGCAAAUCCGCAAUAUCGUCAUUAUCUCAAGACAUCGCUACACGAAAGGCUGAAUGGGAUACGGAAACUGAUCGUGAUGCUCAGGCUUUGUUAGAAAAGAAACUAGCUGCUGAAGAAGCCGAUGACGACAAUCUUUAUAAAGGUCAGAAUGCUUACAAAACAUAUAUAAAAAAACGUGAUACUGCUGCUGGAAAUGCCGCAAGUUCAAAAAUAAAAGCCGGUCCAAUUCGUGCCCCUACAAAUAUUCGUGUUACUUCGCGAUUUGAUUAUCAACCAGAUAUAUGUAAAGAUUAUAAAGAAACUGGUUAUUGUGGUUACGGUGAUUCUUGUAAAUUCUUGCACGAUAGAGGUGAUUACAAAUCUGGAUGGCAAUUAGAAAGAGAAUGGGAGGAAUUGCAAGGAAAAAUUAGACAAGACAAAAGUGAAUUUCUUAUUGAAAGUAGUGAUGAAAGCGAUGAUGAAUUGCCUUUUGCUUGUUUAAUUUGUAGGCAAGAAUAUAAAACUCCUGUGGUAACAAAGAAUCUCUCUGAUUUCAAAAAUCGUAUUGAUGAUAAUAUGCUUCUGAUUGACAAAUUAUUAUUUUUUAUUAUAAUGAAUUUUACCAAAAGCCCAAAGUGCUAUGCUUGUGGUGCCGCUACCAAUGGUAUAUUCAAUACUGCAAAAAAUAUAUUACAAAAACUGGAAGAAAAAAAGAAAAGACUAGCGGAGAAGGGGAUUGAAGUGCAGCAACCGCAACAGCAAAUUGAUAGCGAAAGUUCUGCUGAUGAAGAAUAA